AUGCCGUUCAUACCUUUUGUGGGAAUAAACAAUCACCGCCAGACUACUGUUUUUGCAUGCGCCAUUGUCUCGGACGAAAAGGAAGUAACAUACAAGUGGUUGUUAGAAACAUUCCUGAAAGCCAUGUAUCAGCGAAGCCUCAAAGGGAUCAUCACCGAUGGGGACGCUGCAAUGAUCGCCGCUGUUGGUAAAGUCUUUCCAGGCGUGUGGUACCGUGUUUGUACGUGGCAUAUUGAGAAGAACAUGAAGAAGCACAUUGACUCCCUGGCUCACAAUGAAUUCCGGUCGCUGCUGUACUACACCACUUCAGAACAAGUAUUCGAGGAGAGAUGGAGGGCAUUCGUCGAGAAGCACCAGACGGAAUUAACCAAAGAAUGGAUGAAGAGGAUGUAUAGGAGGAAGAAGUUGUGGUCAGCCGCGUAUCUAGCGAAUGGAUAUUUCCUCGGAAUGAAAAGCAACCAGAGGAGCGAGAGUUUGAACUCCACCCUACACACCCACCUUGACUUUGGACUGACAAUGGUGGAUAUGGUUGUGCGCUACGAGAAUAACAGUAGCCGUGUCCGGGAGGAAGAGGCCCGCCAGGACACCAUAGACUCUCAGACAGUACCGGUUGCAGUUACCAGGUACAAGGAUAUAGAGAUGUCUGCUGCCCGUAAAUUCACUGCUACAAACUUCUACCUCGUUCAAGGGGAGCUGAAAAAGAUUGGGGGCCUAGAGAUUGUAGAUCAACUUGGAUGUGCUGGUGGGUUAACAACCUUCGUUGUGUCAUGGAUGAAUAACCGUAAGUAUUUGUUUUCAGUGGAGUACAGACCUGAAAGCAAAGAGGAAACAAUAACGUGCAGCUGCCGAAGGAUGUAUCGGAAAGGGCUACCUUGCAAGCACAUCUUGUUUGUUUUGCAUUUUGUGGGGUGCUCUGAAAUUCCGAACUGUUGUGUUCUCCGAAGGUUCUCGAAGGAUGCAAGGUAUGGUUUGCCCUCGAGACGCGAGAGUGAUUUGUACGGAUGGGGAUGGGAAGGGGUAGCUGAGCGGAGAAAGCAUAGCGAGCUUACCCAAAUUGGAGCAGAAGCUUUUGAUGCAGCAUUGUGA